AUGUGGAAGAUCAGGAUAGCAUCCACACUCCCUGAGAACGUGUGCGGGAGUCCCCGGGCGCCUGCCAGUAGAACAGAGGUGGGGAGAGCUAUCCUGGUGCCCCCACCCAGCCCGGGUGAGGGGGCGGCCGUGGGCGGCGGCGGCGUCCCCUGGCGCUGGAAGGAAGCCAGCAAGCGAGGGCUUCGCGGUCCUCUACCGGGGCCUGGCUGCGCCGUGGAGGGUGCUCUGCUCUGGCUGCCGGGGCCAGGCGAGCGUCCAGCUUCCACCGCCCAAGGGGACACCCGGGAGCCGCACCGCCGAGGGAACUGUCUGAUGAGCGUGAAGGGUUGUUUCACUGACUUCCACAUCGACUUUGGAGGCACUUCCGUUUGGUACCAUGUUUUCCGGGGUGGGAAGAUCUUUUGGCUGAUUCCUCCAACCUUGCACAAUUUGGCACUGUAUGAGGAGUGGGUGCUGUCAGGCAAACAGAGCGACAUCUUCCUGGGAGACCGUGUGGAGCGAUGCCAAAGAACUGAGCUGAAACAGGGCUACACGUUUUUCAUCCCUUCCGGCUGGAUCCAUGCAGUCUACACUCCUGUAGACUCUCUGGUGUUCGGCGGGAACAUCCUGCACAGUUUCAACGUGCCCAUGCAGCUGCGGAUCUACGAGAUGGAGGACAGAACGCGGGUGCAGCCCAAAUUCCGUUACCCCUUCUACUAUGAGAUGUGCUGGUAUGUCUUGGAGAGAUACGUGUACUGUAUGACCCAGCGGUCCUACCUCACUCAGGAAUACCAGAGAGAAUCAAUGCUUAUUGAUGCCCCAAGAAAGCCCAGCAUAGGCGGCUUCUCAUCUGAUUCCUGGCUGGAGAUGGAGGAGGAGUCCUGUGAGCAGCAGCCCCAGGAGGAGAAGGAGGAAGAGGAGGAAGAGGAGGAGGGUGCAGAUAAGACCCCCAAAGCAUCUACUGAUGGCCCUGCCUCACCCACCAGCACCCCGUCCGAGGACCAGGAGGCCCCCGGGAAGAAGCCCAAAGCCCCUGCCAUGCGGUUCCUCAAAAGGACUCUGUCGAACGAGUCAGAGGACAGCGUGAAGUCCGCCACGAUGCCCACCGACUACCCCAAGACGCCCACUGGCUCUCCCGCCACUGAGGUCUCUGCCAAAUGGACCCACCUCACCGAGUUUGAACUGAAGGGCCUGGAAGCUCUGGUGGAGAAACUUGAAUCCCUCCCGGAGAACAAGAAGUGUGUCCCCGAGGGCAUCGAGGACCCCCAGGCACUCCUUGAGGGUGUGAAGAAUGUCCUGAAGGAGCACGCGGAGGACGAUCCCAGUCUGGCCAUCACUGGGGUCCCCGUAGUCACUUGGCCAAAGAAGACUCCAAAGAACCGGGCGGUAGGUCGGCCCAAGGGGAAGCUGGGCCCGGCCUCCGCGGUGAAGUUGGCCGCCAACCGGACCACGGCGGGAGCUCGCCGGCGCCGGAUGCGAUGCCGCAAGUGCGAGGCCUGCCUGCGGACGGAGUGCAGCGAGUGCCACUUCUGCAAGGACAUGAAGAAGUUCGGGGGCCCCGGGCGGAUGAAGCAGAGCUGCAUCAUGCGGCAGUGCAUCGCGCCAGUGCUGCCCCACACCGCCGUGUGCCUGGUGUGUGGCGAGGUGGGAAAAGAGGAUACAGUGGAAGAGGAAGAAGGCAAGUUUAACCUCAUGCUCAUGGAAUGCUCCAUCUGCAGUGAAAUCAUCCACCCUGGAUGCCUUAAGAUUAAGGAGUCAGAGGGCGUGGUCAACGAUGAGCUUCCAAACUGCUGGGAGUGUCCCAAGUGUAACCACGCCGGCAAGACCGGGAAACAAAAGCGUGGCCCUGGCUUUAAGUACGCCUCCAACCUGCCCGGCUCCCUGCUCAAGGAGCAGAAGAUGAACCGGGACAACAAGGAAGGGCAGGAGCCUGCCAAGCGGAGGAGUGAGUGUGAGGAGGCGCCCCGGCGCAAGCCCGACGAGCACCCCAAGAAGGUGCCCCCCGACGGCAUCCUGCGCCGAAAGUCGGACGACGUGCACCUGAGGAGGAAGCGGAAAUACGAGAAGCCCCAGGAGCUGAGUGGACGCAAGCGAGCCUCGACGCUUCAAACAUCCCCCGGUUCCUCCUCUCACCUCUCGCCGAGGCCCCCUCUAGGCAGCAGCCUCAGCCCCUGGUGGAGAUCCAGUCUCACUUACUUCCAGCAGCAGCUAAAACCUGGCAAAGAAGAUAAGCUUUUCAGGAAAAAGCGGCGGUCCUGGAAGAACUCCGAGGACCGCAUAACUCUGGCCAACAAGCCUCUCCGGCGGUUCAAGCAGGAACCAGAGGAGGACCUGCCCGAGGCGCCCCCCAAGACCAGGGAGAGCGACCACUCGCGCUCCAGCUCCCCCACCGCCGGGCCAAGCAAUGAGGGCGCAGAGGGGCCCGAGGAGAAGAAGAAGGUGAAGAUGCGGCGGAAGCGGCGGCUCCCCAACAAGGAGCUGAGCAAGGAGCUGAGCAAGGAGCUGAACCAGGAGAUCCAGAAGACGGAGAGCAGCCUGGCCCAGGAGAACCACCAGCCCAUCAAGUCAGAGCCUGAGAGCGAGAACGAGGAGCCCAAGCGGCCCCUGGGCCUCUGCGAGCGCCCCCACCGCUUCAGCAAGGGGCUCAACGGCACCCCCCGGGAGCUGCGGCACCAGCUGGGGCCCGGCCUGCGCAGCCCGCCCCGCGUCAUCUCCCGGCCCCCUCCCUCCGUGUCCCCGCCCAAGUGCAUCCAGAUGGAGCGCCAUGUGAUCCGGCCGCCCCCCAUCAGCCCCCCGCCCGACUCGCUGCCCCUGGAUGACGGGGCGGCCCACGUCAUGCACAGGGAGGUGUGGAUGGCCGUCUUCAGCUACCUCAGCCACCAAGACCUGUGUGUCUGCAUGCGGGUCUGCAAGACCUGGAACCGCUGGUGCUGCGAUAAGCGGUUAUGGACCCGCAUCGACUUGAACCACUGCAAGUCCAUCACGCCCCUGAUGCUAAGCGGCAUCAUCCGGCGACAGCCUGUCUCCCUGGACCUCAGCUGGACCAAUAUCUCCAAGAAACAGCUGAGCUGGCUCAUCAACCGGUUGCCUGCGCUCCGAGACUUGGUGCUGUCUGGCUGCUCAUGGAUCGCAGUCUCCGCCCUCUGUAGCUCCAGCUGUCCGCUGCUCCGGACCCUGGAUGUCCAGUGGGUAGAAGGACUGAAGGACGCCCAGAUGCGGGACCUCCUAUCCCCGCCUACAGAUAACAGGCCAGGCCAGAUGGACAGUCGGAGUCAGCUCCGGAACACCGCGGAGCUGCGUCUGGCCGGCCUGGACAUCACGGACGCCUCCCUGCGGCUCAUCAGCCGCCACAUGCCCCUGCCCUCCAAGCUCCACCUCAGUUACUGUGACCAUGUCACUGACCAGUCCAUCAACCUGCUCACUGCUGUGGGCACCACCGCCCGGGACUCCUUAACAGAAGUCAACCUGUCAGGCUGCAAUAAGGUGACUGACCAGUGCCUGUCCUUCAAACGCUGUGGGAAUAUCUGUCACAUUGACCUGAGGUACUGCAAGCAAGUUACCAAGGAAGGCUGUGAGCAGUUCAUAGCUGAAAUGUCUGUUAGUGUCCAGUUCGGACAAGUGGAAGAAAAACUCCUGCAAAAACUGAGUUAGUCCAAGGACAAGUAUGUAAAUAUGGGGUGAGGGGAGGGGAGACGCCAGGGGAGGGGGAAAGACUUUACAAAAACUAGGGCCUUUAAAUAUUUUCAAUUUGGAACUUGGAACAACAAACCCCAAACAAUUCCCUUUUGCAAGUCUUGCCGAGGGAGAAGCCAGUCUGCCACCGUUUGGGGGAUGAGCGAGCCUGGUGCUUUCCUCUGGUCUUUCUGAAUCAAAACCGCACUGCUUUCUGGACCAUUGCUCAGGCGGCCUUUACCGAGAAGACAUUCCCGUUGGAGAGGAGGAUGGACUUGGGCGACAUUCUCUUACUGAAGCAUGAGCUUAGGAAAUUUUGGGGGGGGUGGUGGUGUUUUUGUUUUGGACACCUUACUCCUGGCAACUUUGGGGGUUUUGGUGUCAACAUAAAGUGGACCACACACCACAUCUGCCAUCUCAACAUGUUUGUUUGGUUUUGUUACAUCUUACAUUAUGCAGAACUAUUUUUGUACAAAUUGUUUAAAAGUUAUUUAUGCAAGGUUUGAAUGCAUACCAGUGUUUUUAUUGUUUUGAGAUUGCCAACUUUCCUGGUUUCCUUAAGGUAGGAGAGAACUUUCCCUGUACUUCAUACAAACCCAUCUAUACAUGUGCCCAGAUCCGGCAAAGCAGGCUAAGACCUCCAGUUAAAAGCAUGUCUAACUGGAAGUUGAGAGUCUGCUUUGUAUGUCAAGAAAUUGCAUAAGCAUGAUGUGGAUAUAUGUAAAUUAUAGUCAAAGUGAGAGAGACACUUAGCUAAAUUUCCUCUGUAUAGAAUUCACCUUUUUUUUUUUUUCCCUCAAAAUUUUGAAAUUCAGACUUCAGCCUUUGCACUCAGGAGGGGUUUGCUCCAGCAUGAACUCUUAUAUUCUACAUAGAUCUAAUUUAUACAGUGAGUCAAGAAAUAGAAUAAAUGACCCAACACAGCCUUUUCUUUUUUUUUUUUUUUCUCUCCUUUGAAGUGAGCUGAGUUCUCAUUUGAGGUUUAGAACAUGGCUGUUGCCCAGCUGUAAAGUUACGCAUUCAUAAGUGCCAUUGUUGUAAGAUGUUGUUUUCCUAGACCUUCCCUGAUGCGGUUUUACCUUUGUUGAAUUUGUAUAAACAAUUCUACAA